UGUCCACAUGUCACAAGUCCAAAGGCUGAACAGACGCGGAUAACUUUCCAGCCGUAGAAGAACUACUUCGACUCAAGUCCUGUGCCUUGAUCAAUAUCUGCAUAAGGAGAGCACGCAAUGGCCAGUGUCCGGAUGUAUGUUGCAUUUUCUGUGCUGAUUGUUGUGGUGAUUUUCCUUAAGGCUUUAGAUUUCCAGGUUCUGCAUUGGUCAAGGCCCAAAGUCAAAGCCCAAGAAAGCAUUACUUGCUACCUUAAGCAGGUCACGUGCCCAAACAAAACACACAUACUCGUCUUGAACAGAGACCGCCUGUAUCACCAAGGAGACGUUCUGACCGUGAGGGUGGUGGCAAGGGGCAAAGACGGAAGGCCGAAGACGUACGGAGGAGAUUUUUUCCGUGCCAGACUGGUCAGUAGUGACCGUUCGCCGCAGGCCAGUAGCGCCGGUCACGUCAUUGACCACUGUAACGGCACCUACACUGUGCAGUUCCCGCUUUACUGGACAGGGGAAGCUUUGGUAAAGAUUCAACUCGUACAUCCAAGCGAGGCAGUGGAGGCUCUACAGAGAGUGCGAGAAGUUCCAAACAAGAGGGUUUUCCAGUGCAUCUUCGUCGACCCAAAUAAUACGAAGGCCUAUUAUACAAGGCAAUGUUUCAGCUCUGCCAACCCCAGCCUACUAUCCCACCAACAGUGCGACUUCUCAAAACCGGCGGUGAACGGGACCUGGAUUUGCGAGAAACCGGUCGACAAACUUCCGUGUUCGACCAUCUCGAAGUGCCGGUGGAAUCCGAGCAAAACCAGGGCAAAGGUUCUGGAACUUGUGUCUCAAGAGGAAAAGAAACUUUUCCAAACGCCAUAUCUACAGGAGGAACUUCAAGUAGGCCCCAAUGACACCAUACAUGUCCUGGAGGCAGAACCACCCACACCUCAACACCUUCCAGCGUGUACCUGGGACAAGUCUGCAGCUUUGGGACAUUGGUCAGGCAAGAUCUGGAAGUCAUCCCUCUGCAAUGUCCGAGUGUUCGCCCAGAAGGACAUCCAGCGGUGCCUGGCUAACAAGACUGUGUACAUGCAAGGUGACUCCACGAUCAGACAAUGGAGCCUGCGUUUGCAGAAGGUAGUACCGCUGCACUACAAUGAGAGUAUCAUGGAUCCUACAGCUCUUCAUGGAGGAGACAACAGCCAGUGGAACAUUUCUGUUCGCUACCGGUUUCACCACUUCCCCGUAAGGGGAGGAGCUUGGAAUAUCUAUUAUGACUUCCGUUACGUUGUUGAUGAGCUGGACGCCACUACCGGAGGCACAAACACGGUUAUAAUCCUAGGUCUGUGGGCUCACUUUACGGCGGAGCCGCCAGAAAUGCUCCGGUCCAGACUGUACGCCAUACGGGCCGCAAUACACCGUCUCAAGCGCAGGGCUCCCGGCACGCGGGUUUUCGUGAGGACUGCAACAACGCGAGAGCACAAGGGAGGAAAGUUGGAGUUCUACCUGCUAGGAAGCGACUGGCUGGCUUACCAGAUCACGGAGGUGAUACGAGAGAUGUUCCGGGCGGAUCCAGACGUGGUUGUGCUGGACACGUGGGACAUGAGCGUGUGUCAGCCGGGAAAAGACAACGUUCACCCGGAUCAAACCAUGGUGGACAGUCAACUAAACACACUGCUUUCUCAUAUCUGCGCAAACCCAAACUAGACGGGUGUAAAUGCAGAUAAAAAAAAAAGUGAUUUCAAAAAGACAGAGAGUGGUAGACUAGCCCCCUUUCAAGGCAUGCUGCAGUUGAUACACGCAAAAUUGCAACAAAAUAAGCUUUGUUUCUGAAAUCUUUUUUUUUUUAGUAUUGUACGACAUUGAAUAUCACAGGGUUUGCUAUGACAUGAUGGUAGUGAGUGAGAUUCG